AUGGAGAAAGGUCCAAUCCAGAAGUUAUUAUUAACACGAGAAUAUGAAGAUAUAGAAGAUAUCGUGCUGGUUGAGUCAGUUUUUGUGGAAUUAGACAAGAGAGGUGAUGGUUUACAGAUAGUAAGCUUAGGUUUAACACCAGAUAGACUGAUAUUGGGUCGAUAUUCUGUUAUCAACUAUCAUGAUGAUCCUGAGUUAGUCUAUGAUGGUGAUAGAGAUUUAUCUACAGAGGGUUUAGAAAUUAAAUGGUUAGCACCACUAGAUGAUUUAAAUAUUUCACACAUUCCAGAUGAAAAUAUCUUAAAAAUAACCCCACGACAGUGUAGAGCUCGUCAUUUUGAAUUCUGUACAUCAGAUUCUGUGAUCAGUAAGAAAGUGUGGAAUAAGUGGAAUAACAGGUUAGGUUAUGUAACGGAUGAUCCAUAUGGGUAUAUUAGAAGGAAGUCUUUAAGAGUUGAUGCAGGUGAUCUAGAAGCGGAGGAAGUAAAAGUCCAAUAUGAUUCAGAUUCCUCAUCAGAUGAGCCAGGAAAAGCUACAGAAACUAUGAGAAAUCCUAAAAAAGAAAAUAAGACAGAUCAAGAUGAACAACCCGAAGUACAGUCAGAUACUACCAAGAACAAAAAGAAAAAAAGGAUGAAUCGUUUACAGAAACUGUUAACUGUUGAAGGUUUCCAAGGAAUAAAAGAUGUCAUUUUGGAAUCACCUUGUUUCCAACUGGAUCACAAUGGACAGGUUGUUCGUCACGUUCAUGUUGGAAUGACAGAAAGCGAACUUCUGAUUGCGAUCCAGGAAGUUUGUGACUUCCAUAAGGCUAACCUCAAUCCAAAUAUUGAUCUGGAACUAGAUGGUUUGCGUCUUCACAGUAGUGUUCCAUUGGAGAGAGUUCGGUUUUACGUUGUAGACGAUCGUUCCAGAAAGUUUGCGAUAUGUUCAUGCGUCGGCGAAGUACAAUAUUUUGAACAAUGUAAUAUACCAGAUGGUUCAGAUUCUCCUUGGGCUGACUGGGUAGAGUUCAUCAGUAAACAAGAUGAUCCAUGUUCUUUUGGAUAUAAAAUGUGGCAUAUUUUAGAAAAUCUAUACAGUGAUAAACAUCAUUUUAAGUUCAUAAAGCGACCUUUCCCCUUCUAUAGUGUUGAAUCAGUCGCUUGCCAAACGAUUGAAAUCAGAACCAGUAGACAAAACGAACACCCUUUAACAUGUUACAAGAAUUUAAAAGAAGAGUUAGCCUCUGUCAAAUCAAAGUAUGGUAUCGAGGAAACGUCGACAGUUAAUGAUAAGUUAAUGGAAUCAUCAACCAACCAAAUUCAACCGACAAAAUCAAAUUCAAGCUCUACCAUUCGUGAAGGUUGUCUGAUCUCUCAAAAUGUCCGCAAGUUCAGUUUAUUCAGCCUCGUGUAUCAAUUUUGCCACGGGGAAAAAGAUCGGGCUAUUUAUGAAUUUUUAGAAUAUUAUCCGAAUAGUAACCUUCCUGUAGAAAUCUUACGGAUUUAUGCACAGAUAUUGAGAUACCAAUACCGAGAACAUCAGAGAUCAGAAUCUGGUAAAACAUAUGAAGGAAGUGUAGAGUCAGAAUCAAGUAUAACAGAUGUAAUCGCUGGUUUUAAAGCGGAAGAAAAAUCAGGACCACCUGUAACUGACGAAACUCUUCAUUUGUCACCAAAGAAAUGGUCGUUAUUGAGAUCCAAGUUAUUAAAAACUAAAGUAGCAGGACUACCAACUUUAAGUCAGGUUGUAAGCGAUGUAUUGUUUGAAAAAUGCGACAGUAAAUCAAAACCGUCAAGCAUAACAAGUUUUUCACCGUUCGAAGUUUCAAAGGAGAUUAUGUUGAUGACUUCAGAAUUAAUAGUAAAAAUUACUCACAUGGACAUCACUCAACUUCAGUCGAAAAAGAUACCAUCAAGCAUAUUGAUGUUGUUAGAGCAUUUUCGAUUGCUGACUGAAAUCAUCAAAGAUGACAUACUAGAUGAGACCAAACUUCUCGCUAAGAAUCAGUUACUGAUCUUCUACAUCAAGGUGGCCAAAUGUUGUUUUGAAGCAGGAUUUCUUCAAACUUGUGAAGCUGUUAUCAUUGGUUUGACGUCACCGGAGGUGUUUGGUUUAAUUAGAUUUUGGAUCACCUUAAAACUGAACGCACCAAAAGACUUGAUGUCACUGUAUAAAAUGACAAAUAUAAUAUUUAUUAAAGACCGUUACUUAAAACAUAUAAGGCAGCAAACAACCGAGAAUAACGUACGAUUUCCACUCCUGGAUCUUUUCAUUCAACAUGCUAGGGAUAUAAAUCCUGAUAUGGACCGGUUCCUGGGUUAUCAUGACUAUGAAAUUCCAAAAGGGCAGGUAGUCAAGAAGCAUGGGAAAUCCACCGGAGUAAAAAGUUCUACAUCUCACAUUAAACCUAAAAAGCACAAAUCGGAACAAAAUCACAAAAUCGGUGCAAAACACACGUCAUCCAAGGUAGAAACGACAGAAAGUUUAAAUAAAGAAGAUGUAUUAGCACAACAAAGACGUAUGGCUGGGCAAUUUUGUGAUCAAAUUUUGAUUGAAGCGUUAGAAAUUCUGCAUGAUGAGACAAUGAGUCAUUAUGACAACAUGAGACAACGUGGCAAUCAAGAGAGUCAAAAUAAGGCUGAGAAACCGAAAGUGUUUGAACAUCGAGAUAGUUUACCUGCAAAGAAACACAAAUACAAGUCGGGUAAACAGAAGAAACCAAAAAAAAGUAAACGAACUAAGAAUGAUCACAAUAGUCCACAACAAUUAACUGUUCAAACAAGUGGGUCAUUUGACCAUCAAAAUCGCGCCAUCCCUGCACCUAAAACCUUUUUCAGAAGAAAGAAAGCAAAUGCAAAAAAAAAAGACGUUAAAGAAAUCAACAAAGAUCAACCAACAAACUUGCAAGAGAUUUUGGAGCAUAACGGUCAAUCUACACCUCCGGAGACGGGAAUUGAAAGGAUCCCCAAAAACCAACAAGAAACGGGUCGAAGUGAAGUUCCAAAAGUCCAAGAGAAUCAAGAAACCUCCACGGAUUUGAAAUCGAACAGUGAAGUUAACACUGAGAGUUCAAUGGAAGUUCCGCGGGAUCUUCACGACACAUCAGAUCCCGAAGACUCUCAAUAUUUCUCCACUCUACAUCAUCAGAAUAUGAACUCGGAAAGGCGACUUUCACUAUUUGCUGAUGAAUCUGAUGAUAGUCUAAAUCAACUGAAAGAAAAGGUAAUCGAAGAUGCCAUUGAAAACAAACUCGAAAAUGUCCGGAAACAUUCGAUAUUUGAAGAUUCAUACUUAGAUGAAGAGGUUGAAAAGGUUACUAAAGAAAUUCCUAAGAAAAUUCCUAAAGAAACACGAAGGGCUUCUAUUUAUAAUACUUUAUUGUUCAGACCCGAGAAUCAAAAGACGAGAAGAUCCUCUUUCCUCGAAAAUCUUAUCUUUCACGAUGGAGAAAAGCCAUUGAUCCAAAAUUUAAUGAAGGAGACGGAAAAGGGGAAGAAAGAGAAGAAGAUGAAAAAAAAUGAUGAAGCGGAGGAUAAUAAUGUACGUUUUGAUGGAGCGCAGAUGGAGAAAACGAAGAAGGGAAAGAAGAAUGUAACUUUUGGUGAUGUCAAUCAAAUAACUUACGAAGAAUGGAAUGAUCAAAAUAUGAACUCUAGUUUUCAUCAUCCCACCAAACCAAAAUGUGGUUUAUGCCAAGGACCAUGUCUCUUCAGCGCCGACCUGUUUCAAGAUGUACUAAGGUCCCAGUUGUUGGCUACUACCUACAUAAAUGCCCAUUCACCGCGUCUUUUACUCAGGCGGCUUAUCAAUAAUAAACUCAAGAAAUGUACAAGAAAAUAAAACAGGCUACGAU